AUGAUAAAAAAAUAUAUUGAUGUAUUCACGGUUGAUUUUAUGUCUCUGGAACUUGUACUUGUUCUCCAGAUUAUUGACAUUGUUCUUGUAUUGUUGUCAUACCUCUCCGGCGACUUCCAUGCUCUCCGCGACGCCCUCAACAAGCACAUCCAAGACAACUGCUUCAACACGAAGUCCACCUUCGACUUUGUCACCGAUGAAACCUUCUCCUCUUCCCUCCUUCAAACCCUAUCCACCCUCAACCGCGGCAUCACUCGCAAGAACGCGUUCAAUUCCCUCAUCACACGCCUCCGCAAGUUCCAGCGCGUCAUCCACGUCAUCGAACAUAUGGCACGUACCGACGCCAGAGGCUGCCGCCCCAGUGUGACCACCUUCUACCCCGGUUUGUCACGGCGCGUGGUGGAUUUCAUGUCCACGCUUGGCGUGAAUCUGGAUCUGACGGGACACAACUACUUCUUCGUUGCACACUGCUACGCUGGAGACGUGGCUGCCGUUGCCGGAAUUUUGAAGAAGAUGGAGGAAGAUGGGAUUGGACUUCAUUUCUUCUUACAUAGUUUUAAGCCAUUAAACUUUGCUUCCAUCUUCAACAGCCUCUCUAUAGCAUUCAGGUUCUCCCCUUCAGUCAAUAAGAUAAAGUCAUGUGGAAAAUACCUUGACGAUGACUUCUUUUCUCUUGUAGACUUUUUAAGUGCAUUUGCAGCGAUUUCCAAAGCUAGUUGUUUAUCAAGAUCAUCAUCACCAACUUGAUCAUGCAUUGGAUCAACUGUUCCAUUUUCACCUGCAACU